GCUGCUGCCGCCGGAUGGCGGGGCUGCGGGGUCGCCUGCGCCGCCUGGCGCUCGCGCUCCGCGCCCUGCUCUUCUGGUCGCUGGUCUACUGCUACUGCUGGCUCUGCGCUUCCGUCCACCUGCUCAAACUUUUGUGGAGCAUCGGCAGGGGACCCGCGCGGACCUUCCGGCGCGCCGCCCGGGAGCACCCCCCCGCCUGUCUGAACGACCCCUCUUUGGGGACCCACUGCUACGUGCGGAUCAAGGAUUCAGGGUUAAGAUUUCACUAUGUUGCUGCUGGAGAAAGAGGCAAACCGCUUAUGCUGCUGCUUCAUGGAUUUCCGGAAUUCUGGUAUUCUUGGCGUCACCAACUGAGGGAAUUUAAAAGUGAAUAUCGAGUGGUAGCGCUGGAUUUGAGAGGCUAUGGAGAAACAGAUGCUCCUAUUCGUCGAGAAAAUUACAAAUUAGACUGUCUAAUUACAGACAUAAAGGAUAUUUUAGAUUCACUAGGUUAUAGCAAAUGUGUUCUGAUUGGCCAUGACUGGGGAGGCAUGAUUGCUUGGUUCAUUGCCAUCUGUUAUCCAGAAAUGGUGAUGAGGCUUAUUGUUAUUAAUUUCCCUCAUCCAAAUGUAUUUACAGAAUAUAUUUUACGACACCCUGCCCAACUAUUCAAAUCCAGCUAUUACUACUUCUUCCAAAUACCACGGUUCCCGGAAUUUAUGUUCUCAAUAAAUGAUUUCAAGGCUUUGAAACAGCUGUUUACCAGUCAUAGCACUGGCAUUGGAAGAAAAGGACGUCAGUUAACAACCGAAGAUCUUGAAGCUUAUGUUUAUGUCUUUUCUCAGCCCGGAGCAUUAUGUGGUCCCAUUAACCAUUACCGAAAUAUCUUCAGCUGCCUGCCUCUCAAACACCACAUGGUGACCACUCCAACACUGCUACUAUGGGGAGAAAAAGACGCAUUUAUGGAAGUAGAGAUGGCUGAAGUCACAAAGAUUUAUGUUAAAAACUAUUUCAGGCUAACUAUUUUGUCAGAAGCCAGUCAUUGGCUUCAGCAAGACCAACCUGACAUAGUGAACAAAUUGAUAUGGACAUUUCUAAAAGAAGAAACAAGGAAAAAAGAAUGACUUUUCUUUAUCUUUUGUGAGGGGUCUGUAAUGAAAUCUCUAAAUGAUUUUUAAAAAUUGUUCAUCAACUUCUUUACAUUACAUCAGGAAAAACCUGUUUUAAUAUGCUUUAUCAUAAAUAUCCUAACAAAUGGUAUGGGGAAAAAAAUCUUAGAAUGUGUGAACAUAUAAUGUUGAUUUUCUUCUGUUGUAUUUUUGCACAGAAAAGCAUUUGCCUUAAAAUGUAUAUAUACUUGUAUGCGAAGGAAAUUGGGGAAAAUGGCUCAGUUUUGGUUUCUUGCUUUCUUUACUCUGUUGACAUAUGGUGCCUUUUACAAAUGUAUAUUAAAGAUUAGUUGUGCCAUAUUAAAAGACAAACCUGCGAUGGUAUAAAUUUUCAUUUCAUUGUUCAAAAGUUAUUUUUACUUUUUUUUUACUAUUUUAUAAUCAUUAAAAAUUUUAGC